AUGAGUACAUCUUAUUAUUAUUACUAGAAGGAAGAUAAACUCUAAUGGAAAUAAUAAAUUAAAUUGAUAAACUGUCAAUAAAAUCAACUAUAAAAUUUUUAUAAUUUGAUAUUUGAAUAUAAUAAAUAGCAUAGAUCUACAUCAAAGAAAGUUAAGAGAUUGGGAUAAUUAACUUAAACAAGUGAAAUCAAAUAAGAUUAUUAUAAAGUUUGUAAUUAGAAAAAACUAAUUAAAAUGCUUUGA